UAAAUAAUAUAAGCAUUUGGUUGAACUAAAUUAUUUAUUAGUAUUGUAGCAAAUGCUAUUAAAAAGUAUAGCACAAUGUCACAAAUUGACUUGUCUUAUCAAACAUCAAAUUAUUGUCAAAGUUAAAUUUCCAAGUGAAAAAUGUCCACGAAAAAGCCCAGAAAAUCGAAGAGGGAAGAUGCGGGCGACGAAGGCGAGGAGGAAGAAAGAAAGAACUAUCACGAGUUUUGUGUACCGAAGGAUUUCGAGUUCAGCACCGAAAAACCGGAAUGCUUCUCCAGGUUGGACGUUCUAUCCAAACCUAAACGUCAUUCGCUAAUGAUAACGUACCAGACCUACAACUAUUUGUUUCCGCCUUGUAAAAACGCAAAAAUCCGAACCCAGUUACAGGAAAUGUUCGCCUUAAAUCCGGAAGAUGCGGAGAAAUAUUUUCAAGAAAUGAGGAGGAACGCCGAAGAGGCGGCACUGAAGCGUAAGGUGCGCGAGAUGCUGCGGCUGGCUGCCUGCAAACGCAAAAAGAGGAAACUGGAACAGAAGGCUUACAGAAAAGCGAAGAGAUUGAUAUUCGCGGGUCUGAUGUACGCGGUUUACAAUGAAACGCAGCCCAUACAUUCCAUACGUUUGCGCCACUUGUCCAACAUGAUCCUGGAGCAGCUUUGCGAUCUCCUGGACAUCUCAGUGCCGGAUAGAACAGCUUCUGAUAAAAUGGCUGUGUUGUUGUUCACUGUUUGCGACUGGAUUGCGGAAGAGGUGGAACGAAUAUUCUUCCCCAUGAGGAUGCUGAACACGAAGAUGUUGAACAAAAUGGACUGGGAUUACAGAGAGAUGGUUAUGAAUGAGCCAAUUGAUUUUGAUGAACCGAUAGCCGCAUCUUCAAGAAUUGGUGGUCCUAACUAUCAAUACGGAGAGGAUGAGAAUGAACUCGAAUAGAAUUAAUGAUUAAUAAAAUGUUUCCGUUUAA